GUCGCUGGCAUGAUGCGUGCGAUCGGCAGGAUCUUCGCGUCCCUCUCGUCGUCGUGCGCGCUGGAGACCGAGUGCGACCUCCAGGUGGUGAACGAUGCCGUCUCGAUGGGCACGCAGGAGCUCAUUGACCACGCGGUCCUCGAGCUGCGCAUGCAGACUCGGACGGCCAAGCGGACAUUGGCCAAUUGUUUGAACGGCUGCCAUAUUCAGUUCGAACCGAUCCACGAGCAGUGGCAUAUCGUCAACAGCAUGAUGGCGUUAGCAGCGGAGCUCACUCGCUACGAGAUGCAGGCAAAGGUGCUGGUCAACGACAACGACAGUUCGCGGCAGGCGCGGCUGCUGACGCUCAAGCUGAUCAACGACGCUACCAACUGCGCGGCGGAGCUCGGCAUCAGUGCUGGCGCCGUCUACCUGAAGAGGCCCGCCGUUUUCCACGCGCACGCGCGGGGGGCGCAGGCGCAGCUCCUUGCGGGAGAGCUUGGGUCGGCGAUGGCUGAGCUGGACAAGCACUGGCA